GACAAAAAACAUUUCUCACUUAACCCCUCGAAAACAUUCGAAAUUACACACUUACACCUUCUACCUCUGCUACUACUAGUAAACCCCAAGCCAAACCCUCCUCUGCUCCGGCGAGCUCCCACCUCCUCCGUCUCCAACUCCGGCGAUAUCUCCGGCCAUCUCCUCCAGCCCCAGCAAGAACACCACUCUCCGGUGGCGGAGGAUCGCCAUGGCGCCGCCGGAGAAAGGCGCGGCGGCGCACGGCGCGGUGGCCAAGAACGGUGGCGAGGGGGAGGUGAGCGCCGUGAGGCGCCCGGGGCGGCCUCGCGUCGUGCACCCUGACGUGGCGGAGUUCCUCUUGAACUUCCGCCGCUUGCGGAGGGAGAAGAAGAAGCGUGCGACGCCACGGCCGGCGGUGGUGGUGGUGCCCGGCGAGCGCGCGAGGUACGACUGCGCCUUCGAGGACGAGGGGGAGGUCGGGCGGCGAGGAGGGUUCGCGCCCGGGCGGCUUGUGUGGGGCAAGGUGAGGUGCCACCCGUGGUGGCCCGGGCAGGUGUUCGACCCGGCUGACGCGUCGGAGCAGGCGCUGGAGGAGCGGAGGAAGCACGGCGCCACCCUCGUCGCCUUCUUCUGGGACAAGACGUUCGCGUGGGUCGACGCGGAUGAGCUCCUCCCGUUCCGCGGUGACGGCGGCGACUUCGCGCUCCUCGCCGGCCAGAGCGCCCACGCCAUGCCCGCGCUCACCGCCUCGGUGGACGCCGCGCUGGGCGAGGUCGCGCGCCGCGUGGCCGCGGGGCUCUCGUGCUGCUGCUGCUGCGACGGCGCCGCCGUGGCCAAGAAGCAGGUGAUCGAGAACGCCGGCAUCCGGGAGGGAGCGCACGGCGCGACGGUCGACGCGGCGUUCACGCGUGGCGCGCUCCGCGGCGAGGCCUUCGUCGGGUACGUCUCCGCGCUGGCGGUGGCGCCGCUCGCCGGAGCCGACAGGCUCGACCUCGCCAUCGCCACGGCGCAGCUGAAGGCGUUCGACCGGUGGAGGGGCGCCGCCGCGAGGAGCCUCCCGGAGUACACGUGUCACCACGGCAUCGAGGCGAACGCCAUGGCGCCACGCCGCAAGAGAGGAAGAGCAACCAAGAACACGAUCACUGGCAAUGUGGAUGACGAUGCAUCGGAACUGGAGAAUUUCGAGCCAACGCCACAGCCACUGUCCCAUCAGAUGUCCACAAAGAUCGGCAAGCUCAUGAGCCGCGCCGCGCAGCAGAUGUCGCGGUCACCGGCGGUGAUCCACCGUGACACCACCACCACCACCACCAAUGGCGAUGCGCCGCCUCCUCCUCCUCCGGCGAUUUCACUCACAAUGGGAAGGUGCACAAGAAGUGCAGAUGAGAAGAAGAAGAACAGUGACAUCAGAGAAGAUCCUUUUCUGGCUGGAUUGGUGCUGAAUUUCAUCUGCCCAAGUGCUGUUCUUCCUCUAAGUGAACUUGUCAACAUCUUCAGCAAGUUUGGGCCGAUCAUGGAGGCCAAGACAGAGAAUGCAUAUGCCAUGGUGAUGUUCAAGAGGCGUGCAGAUGCUGAGGCUGCAUUCUCAGGCACAACCAAGAUCAACGCUCUUAGCUCUUCUCUCAUCAGCUUCCGGCUCAACUACUCGAUGUCGGCUUCGCCGAUCGAUUCUCCAGAGUGCUCACUGAACACUGCCAUGGAUCGCCUGCUCUUUUGAGCUGUUCAGUUUGAUGAAACAACUUACUCAGGUCAUAGUAGAUGAGGAGACAGUGAACAGAUUACAAACAAGAAAUGUUAUUAGGUGAUACUCAGAAUCCAUAGGAGGAGGCAGUGGAUUAAGCUAUAUCAUUUCAGUAGGCUAUGUGUUGAACUAGUCUCUCUAGUUGCAUCUUUUUGGCAGUCUUGCUCAACAGUUAUUUAAAUUAUAAGUGAUGCAGAUGAGUUACCAGUGGCUGCAAAAACAUCUUGGAUGGUCAUGUUCUAUUAUAUAUUUAUAUCUACAUUUUGGAUUACUCUCUCUGAUAUGUCAACUGGUUGUUGGUACUCUAUUAUCUGCUUGAAAAA